UAUCUUAUCUUAUCUUGUCGCACCUAUACCAUGGUCUGGUUGAAAUAGAAGAGCACCUUUACAUCUGUGUACACGUCAAGAUGGUCACAGCAAUAGUUGUGUUGGGGCUCUGUGCUGCAGUGGUACAAGGUGUCCCUUUCAAGCGACAGUUGAUCGGGGCCUGCGUGGAGGAGUGUUCAGUGGUCGGCGUUGGGUUCUUCAGUGGUUGCCCACAUGGUCAGACCUGCCAGUCCAAUGGGUGUGGUCACACGUGUCAAUCCGUCAUCCUGGGCAAACGACAGUCUUUUGGGGCCUGUGUUGAGAUGUGCUCGCCCGCAGGAAGUGGCCGAUUGGACUCGUGUCCCGCAGGAUAUGCCUGCAUGACUAAUGGCUGCGGACAUACUUGUCAGAGUGUGAUGCUCAAAGGAAGAAGCAUCGUGGGACCAACAGUGGUACAAGGUGUCCCUUUCAAGCGACAGUUUGAAUGCCCAGAUGGUCACUGGUGUCAUCCCUACAUUCAGGGCAAACGACAGUCUUUUGGGGCCUGUGUUGAGAUGUGCUCGCCCGCGGGAAGUGGCCGGUUGGACUCAUGUCCCGCAGGAUAUGCCUGCAUGUCUAAUGGCUGCGGGCAUACUUGUCAGAGUGUGAUGCUCAAAGGAAGAAGCAUGGUGGUACCAAAGUGCCCCCCGGUGCUGUGUGAGAUGUACUGUUCUAACGGGUUCGCUACUGGAGCGGAUGGCUGCCCCAUGUGCAGCUGCAACAGUCAUGCAUUCCCUGUGGACCUGCAGAAGCUGUUUGGGACCCUCGGCUAGAUGAUGUGAAUGCAGACGGGUUGA